AACUUUUUUUUAUAUAUUUUUGUGUCAGUUUUGUGUUGUGCGUAGUUAUGGUUCAGUUACUGAUGGCUUGAUUAAUUUAUUAUUAUUUUCUUUUUAAAUUCCGACCACGUAUUUCGGUUUGAGCUUGACCAGAAAUGGCACUGUUACCUCCCGACCCAGUUUAUACCAUUCGUAAUGUUGACAACACGCCAGUAUAUUCGCUGGCAUUUAGCUUUCUUCCUGGCGGUCUGGAGAGGUUACUAGCCGGUUCGAAAAAUGGUUAUGUUUAUGCAUUCAACCUUCAGACUAACCGAGUUCAGCAGAAGAUCCACGUUGGUCAAGCUCCCAUCCUUCACCUCAUGCACACCGACAGUCAGCUCAUCACCCAAGAAAAAGGCGGCAAGUACAAAGUCUUUAACCUCACCAACACCGGCUACAAAGAAGAUGCCAUCAUCGAUAUAGACUAUCCAGGCUUUUGUAGAUUUGACGCCAACACAAAACUCGAAACACUCUAUGUACCUGAUAAAGAUUCAAAAGUUUCCAUUUAUAGCUUUGCCGGAGAAAAAAUUGGUUGCUUGGAACCAGACAGCUCAACCAAGCUAGGAGAUCCAAUGUGUUUGAAGUAUAUUGAGUUAUCAAGUGACAAGCAUUGCCUCCUAGUGGGUUACGAAGCCGGCUGGCUCCUCCUGUGGGAUCUCAACACUAGUCAAUGCAUCAGCAAGUUGCAAACGAAAGAAUGUCCCAUGUCCGUGGACUUCCAUGUUGAACAGCAAAGAGGCAUGAUCGGCAAUGCCUCGGAUGUGAUACAGAUUUUUAGUAUAGGGAGAAAAGACUCAAGCUUGGCCCACAAGACGGACAUCGCUAUCAAGAACGCUGGGGUUAAUAAAGUCCAGUCUCGCAUGGAUGGAAAGGUGUUUGUAUCGGGCGGCUGGGAUGGGCACAUCCGUAUAUUUUCCUGGUUUUCUUUGAGACAAUUAGUUGUGCUUACAGAACACCGACAAGCCAUACAAGAUGUUUGCUAUUCUUCUCAAAAGGUCUCUUUCUGGAAUGCAAACAUCAUGGCAGCGGGAGGCCUGGAUGGUGCCAUCACACUCUGGGACUUAUACAAUAAUAAGCAUUAAUUCUAUGCAUUUAUCAACGAAAUUUUACAAUAAAAUAGAUUAGACUGCCUGAUGCAAAACCUUAUAACUGAAU